AUGACACUUGUUAAUGGAAAUGAGAACUCAGUCUUAGAUGAGAUCUGUAUGAAGCCAGCCCAGGUACAGGCCAUAAUCGGCGAGACAUACUCUUCUGUAUCCAUGGCUAUUGCACAGAGUAUUGGACCUUUCAGCAUUCCCUUAAUCAGUCAUUAUUCCACCUGUGAGUGUCUCAGUGACAAGAGGAAAUAUCCAUCAUUUCUGCGCACUAUUCCUAGUGAUUAUUACCAGAGCAGAGCACUUGCAGAGAUGGUCAAGCACUUUGGCUGGACCUGGGUGGGAGCAAUGAGAAGAGAUGAUGACUACGGUAACAGUGGGAUGGCUGCAUUUACUGAAGCUGCAGAGCAGUUGGGCAUCUGCUUAGAAUAUUCUCUUCCGUUUUUUAGAACCUACUCGCAAGAAAGAGUGCAAAGAAUUGUCGAGCAAAUCAAAAGCUCUACUUCUCGAGUAAUCAUUGGCUUCCUUGACAACUGGGACUUGGAGAGUUUACUGCCAGUAUUUUUUGAGAACAACAUCACUGGAUUUCAGUGGGUUGGAACUGAAGCCUGGAUCUUUGAUUCAGAACUGGCAACAAUGGAUGAACACCAUAUACUGCAGGGAGCUAUAGGGCUAGCUAUCCCCAAAUCAAAGGUGACAGGUCUACAAGACUUCAUUUUAGAUAUACAUCCACUGAAAUCUGUAGGCAGUGCCAUUUUUACUGAAUUCUGGGAGGCUUUGUUUAACUGUAAAUAUGCAGUCCAAAAUGAUUCAGAGGACACACCAGCUUGCACUGGUAACGAAAAGCUGUCUGAGGUGGAAAACACAUUUACUGAUAUGACCCUGAUGCCAAUAUUCAACAACGUGUAUAAAGGAGUAUAUGCGAUUGCUCAUACCUUACAUGAACUUCUUGGCUGCAAGCAAACAUGUCCUACAAAUAAACAGCCUGACCCAUUCACAGUGAGUUAAUAUUACUGAUAAGACACUAUUUUAACACUUCGGAUAAUCCAAAUAACUAUUCAAAAUGCUUUAAUAUUGAAUGUAUUGUGCCUUACUGUAUACUCCCUUAUCACAUUUUAAUGUGCAUUAUUUCCAUUUUUGUUUUAUUUCUACAGUUUCUACAACACCUUAAGAGGGUGCAAUUCAAAACCAAAGAGGGUGAAGAUGUUUUUUUUGACAACAACGGUGACCCUGCAGCAAAGUAUGAGAUAAUAAACUGGCAUUUGAAUAAAGAGAAUCAGCAUGAGUUUGUAGC